UGGGCGUUUCUUUGUGUCUCCAGCUCUUAGCACAGUGCCCGAUACUCUUUUGAGCAAUUUCAAGCAUUUUACCAGUUUCCAUACUAUCCAAUGAUGGCUGCAGCUCCCAGCAUGGAAUUUAUGAAUGAACAGCUAGCUCUGCCGGAAAUUCCAGUCCCAGUCUUCGACCCGGAGCCUAUUCAAGAGGAAAAGGGGAGAAAAAGAAGAACCAGAUCGUCUGAGCCAAAAAAGCCAGAGCCGAAGAAGCGAACUGGGUCCCCCAGAGCAGCCAAAUCCAAGGGGAAGCAAGAAAAAAUUACAGACACAUUCAAAGUCAAAAGGAAAGUGGAUCGUUUUAAUGGGAUGUCGGAAGCUGAACUUCUGACUAAGACCUUGCCUGACAUUUUGACCUUCAACCUGGACAUUGUCAUUAUUGGCAUAAACCCAGGACUCAUGGCAGCUUACAAAGGACAUCAUUACCCAGGACCUGGAAACCAUUUUUGGAAGUGUCUCUUUAUGUCUGGGCUGAGUGAAGUCCAGUUAAAUCAUACGGAUGACCAUACUUUACCAGGAAAGUAUGGUAUCGGCUUUACAAAUAUGGUUGAAAGGACCACCCCCGGCAGCAAGGAUCUUUCAAGUAAAGAGUUUCGAGAAGGAGGACGUAUUUUGGUGCAGAAAUUACAGAAAUACCAACCUCGAAUAGCGGUUUUCAAUGGAAAAUGUAUUUAUGAAAUUUUUAGUAAAGAAGUUUUUGGAGUAAAAGUUAAGAAGUUGGAAUUUGGACUUCAGCCCCAUAAGGUCCCAGACACAGAAACUCUCUGCUAUGUCAUGCCGUCGUCCAGCGCGAGGUGUGCUCAGUUCCCGCGGGCGCAAGAUAAAGUUCAUUAUUACAUCAAACUGAGGGAUUUGAGAGACCAGUUGAAAGGCAUUUUACCUGCCACAGACGUGCAGGAGGUGCAGUACACAUUCAAUUUGCAGCUUGCCCAAGAGGAUGCAAAGAAGAUGGCUGUUAAGGAAGAGAAGUAUGAUCCAGGUUACGAGGCAGCCUAUGGAGGCGCUUACUGCGAAAGGGCAUGUGAUGUUGAGACUCCGUGUCCCUUUGCUUUGGACGGGACAGGAACAAAUAAUGCAGCCUUAGUUGGAGAAGUAGCCUUAAGCGGAGAAGCAGCCUUAAGUGGAGAAACAACCUUCGGGGACAUUUUGAGUGAGCAGUGGCUGACACAGUCAUUCACAGACCAGUUUCUGCCCGCCUUCAGCCCCUUUGGGAGCCUCGAGCAGGAGGGUGGCUGUGUGUGAGGAUGACCUUUCAAAGGUCUUCUCACAUACUGCAGUUCUAAUGCAGCUGUCUAGAAAGGUGCCUCAGUUCACCAACUGAAGCAUUUUAAUAGAACUUUGCUCCUCUCAUUAUUUUCUGGUAGCCCAUUUGUGUGGUAGAAUUAACUUUAUGAGCUUGAUAGUUGGAAACAAAUGUAGAUCCUUUUGUAUGUGAGUUUUUAUAUUUAAUGUAUGCCAUUGUUUACAGUUUUUGACAAACUGUAGUCUCAUUUUUGAAGAAAUUAUUUCUUUUGGGAGUUGCUUGUAGUCUGUAUUUUUUUUUUUUUUGAACAGCCUGUAUAUUUAUACUCCUUUCUUAAAUCUGCUUAUGGCAAGAAAUUCCAGAGUCCUUCUUAUGCCUGAAAAGCACAUUCUGUGCAUGAUUGUCACGGGUACAGACACACAAAUGUGUCGAAGUUCACAUGAGACUCCUCGCCUGAUGUCCGUGGAGCGUGUGCUUUGGGACUUGGGGAUUUUCCAGUUGUGCCGAUGAGGGAGUCCUGAAUCUUUUCUUUCCCCAGGGAGGCCCCUUCUCCAUAUGGCCAGCAGUUGGCAUUUCUUGGUGAGGCAGCCGCCUUCCCUCCACAGCAGGCCAGCAGCUGGCCGCUUCCCAGGAGCCGGCAUGCACACAAGUCAGCUCUGGGGAAUGCGGGCAGGCCGUGGAAAAUUGUGUUUUCAGUAAUUCAUUUGUCACUUGGCAGAUUUUGACUGUAGGAAGAGCAAAGGUGUGUAGUUGGGAGGCGAUGACCUUUCUGUCUGGGUGCCUGCCUCUGCUCUCUGUGUGGUGAGUGAUGGAGCAAGGUGUUGCUCAGAGUGUUGUUUGGAAGAGGUUCAUAUAGGUGCUUUUCAUACUUGAAACAUGCGUCAAAUGUGGUGUCCAAUAGAAUAUGAUUUCCCUGCUGGUCCUAUCUAAUAAGCCAGUUGUUUUCAUUCCCUUUCUCCACCAUAACUCAUCUCUUUGGCAAGAAUGUCCAUUGGUUAGGGUCCAUGAAAAGGUAUUUUGAUUCUGUAUCUUGUGAUUUUCUAGCAUGUACAGUCUCCACGGUGCUACCGAUGACCCAUAAUCACUUCAUCUUGUGGGUGUUACACCCAUUCAUCAAUGCUACUUUUAUUCAGUUCUGACCCAGUCAGAAUGCCAAAAUCAUGGAAAGUCAGAGCUGGAAGGGGCCUCGAGAGGUCUGCUAGUUCAGCUUCCUAAUUGUGAGUGGGGAAACCGAGACCCAGCGAGGGUUGAGUGUUAGUGGCAAAAGUAGGACAAGAACCCAGAUGUCCUGACCCCCCAGUCCAGUGCUCUUACACGCCGUGCUUUUAUAGUCAGCUAGUAUGUGGCUU